AUGGGAGUGUUUCCGGAGAUCCUGGAAGCAAACAAGGUUAGCAUCAAAAUUCCGCCUUUUUGGAGUGAAAAACCCGAAAUUUGGUUCUAUCAAGCAGAAGCACUGUUCAGCAUUUGCAAAAUUGUUACAGAAGAAAGUAAAUUUAACCACCUAGUGUCACAAUUAGAACCAAAAUACAUCGAGAAUAUUUGGGACAUUAUUUGCGGCACAGAUGCGAAUAAAUAUUCUUUGGCUAAGGAAUGUCUACUGAAUAUUUUCAAAGAAAGUGAAGAUAAGCGUAUUAAGAGAUUAGUUACUGGAAUUGAUUUGGGAGACCAAAAACCUAGUCAGUUAUUACGCAAAAUGCAGGCCUUGGCAGGUGUAGAUGUGUCAGAAAAAGUCCUAAAGACACUUUGGCUAGAAAAACUUCCAGAUUCUAUAAGGAACAUUUUAAUUGUCAGUGACGAGGGACUCGAAAAGGUGGACUAA